AGAUUAAAACGACUUGAUUAAUCUGUUUUUUCUAAAUUUUUUUACACCCAAACAAACAGCACUCAUCGGAGUUUGGUGUAUUUUUUUGAACUUCUUCGAUGGCACAGACUGCUUUGACUGCUUCAGCUCCUCUUGUUCCCGUCAGCUGUAAUUGUGGUGCAAAGCCGUGGAGUAAAUCAGUGCUCCUCUGUUCUUCAAGACGAUAUGCGAGUACGAGCAGUUCUUCGCUAUCGAUCACAAGUUUCGGAGGCAGAAGCCUUCGGAUCGUUGAGUCGAAAACAAAUGCAGCUGCAGCAGAAGCAGCCGCUAGUAGUGAACGUUUUGAAGAGGUAGCUGAAGGCCAACCGGUCUCUUUUUCAUGGGCAGAUGAUAAGCCGUCCGAUCGAGACCCGCCUCGGAAGAUGAAGGGGAAGAGCCGCUUGUUCACGAUCGGGCUCGUCACCGCCUGGUACUCAUCCAACAUUGGGGUUUUGCUGCUGAACAAGUACUUGCUCAGCAACUAUGGCUUCAAGUACCCGAUCUUCCUCACCAUGUGCCACAUGACGGCUUGCUCUCUGCUCAGCUACGUCGCAAUUGCUUGGAUGAAGAUGGUUCCGAUGCAGACCAUUCGAUCCCGGGUCCAAUUCUUGAAGAUCAUGGCGCUCAGCCUGGUGUUUUGUGUCUCCGUCGUGUUUGGGAACAUUUCGCUGCGGUAUUUGCCCGUGUCGUUUAACCAGGCAAUUGGCGCCACCACGCCGUUCUUCACUGCGGUUUUCGCCUACUUAAUGACUCUCAAAAAGGAGGCUUGGCUCACGUAUCUCACCCUCGUUCCUGUUGUUACAGGAGUCGUCAUUGCAAGUGGGGGUGAACCAAGUUUCCAUUUAUUUGGUUUCUUAAUAUGCAUAGCAGCAACCGCCGCCAGGGCGCUUAAAUCAGUGCUACAAGGGAUUUUGCUUUCUUCUGAAGGGGAGAAGCUGAAUUCUAUGAACCUCCUUCUGUAUAUGGCUCCGAUAGCCGUUGUUUUUUUACUUCCCGCAACGCUUAUCAUGGAAGAAAAUGUUGUUGGUAUAACACUAGCUCUUGCAAGAGAUGAUGUCAAGAUCAUAUGGUACCUACUAUUCAAUUCGACGUUGGCAUAUUUUGUAAAUCUGACCAACUUUUUGGUCACAAAGCACACCAGUGCUCUAACUCUUCAGGUUCUAGGGAAUGCUAAAGGAGCUGUAGCUGUGGUGGUCUCGAUAUUAAUUUUUAGAAAUCCAGUUUCCGUGACUGGAAUGAUGGGUUACACUCUUACAGUCUUUGGAGUGAUCCUAUACAGCGAAGCCAAGAAACGAAGUAAAUCAUAGUUCCGGGAAAGCAUCAAGUGAAAUGCCCUGCGUUUUGUAUUUUGUACUGCGAGAACAGCAGUGGCCGUCCUGGAGGCAUGGUUGGGGGGUACAUGCGAGCAGUUGGUGCCGGGAUCUUGCCUCUACAAAUUUUAUUUUACCCCUGGAAGCCUGAGUACGUGCAUGGCUUCCAUUUGUAUCAGCAAACAAUGCAGGAUAAGUCGAGAAAAGUAGGAAACUUAAUAAGUGACUAGUAUUACGGAGGAAAAUCAGCAUCAUUUCAUCAUUUUUUUUUUCUUUCAGCAGAAGGGUUGUAGAAUUGGUCUCCACAGAUUGAGUCUGUUAUUAACAUUUCUUCUAUUGAAUCAAUGAAAAACAAAACCAUUCAGAAUUUCACAA